AUGGUCAGUCCCGCACUUAAACGAAACGCGGACCAUCUCUCUGGCCCAGCGGCCGAUAGCAAGAAGCCCAAGGGUGGAAGCAUCACGGCUUUCUUUGGAGUUCCAAAGCCCAAGGCCCUCAGCACACAGACAACUAGCUCAGGAACAAAUGGCACAGCUCCAGCACCGCGGUCUACCUCGUUCAAUAAGGAGAAAUGGGUGGCUGGCCUAACGCCGGAGCAGAAGGAGCUGUUACAGCUAGAGAUUGAUACUCUGGACGAGAGUUGGCUUGCGCAUUUGAAGGAUGAAGUGGUGACGCCAGAGUUUUUGAAUCUCAAGCGGUUUUUGAAGAAAGAGAAGGAAGGUAAAGUCAAGGUCUUUCCACCCGAGGAGGACGUGUAUUCCUGGUCCCGACACACUCCUCUCCACACCGUCAAAGUCGUCAUCAUCGGCCAAGACCCAUACCACAACGACAACCAAGCCCACGGACUCUGCUUCUCCGUCCGCCCGCCCACCCGCGCACCCCCUUCCCUAGUCAACAUCUACAAGGGAAUCAAAAAGAACUAUCCCGACUUCGUCCCCCCUCCCAAUAACGGGGGUCUCCUCACUCCUUGGGCCGAGCGGGGAGUUCUCAUGAUCAACACUUGUCUGACAGUGCGUGCACACCAGGCCAACAGUCACUCCGGCAAGGGGUGGGAGAAGUUCACGCAGAAGGCGAUUGACCUUGUAGCGCGGGUUCGGGGCAAUGGAGUUGUCUUUUUGGCAUGGGGGAAGCCUGCGGGGACGAGGGUUGCUAAGAUUAACAAGGCGAAGCAUUGUGUUUUGCAAUCUGUGCAUCCGAGUCCGUUGAGUGCGCAUCAUGGAUUUUUCGACAAUGGUCAUUUCAAGAAAUGUAAUGACUGGCUGGCGGAGCGGUAUGGUCAAGAUGGAAUUAUUGACUGGAGUCUCGUUCCGAGUAAGAAGGAGAUCGUGUCGCCGGCUGCAGACAAGGAGAAUUCGGCUGCUUUGGCGAAUGUGUCUUCGUCGCUGGUAGAGAAGGAAGAUGAGACGGUGAAGGGGAAUGCUGUCAAGUCUGGUCCUGUAGAGGACGAGUUUGACGAUGAUGAUGCUCUUGAAGCACUCGUUGCGGCGGAGAAGGAAGAGGAGACUAAGAAAGCUUUCUCGGCCAAGACUAACAGCUCCACCAACCGAACCGAUAAACCCGCGCCCGCUUCCCUUCAGCACGGCCCGAAAGCCAAGCUCAACCACCUCCCGAAUGGAGCUCACUUGGCUCGCCGAUACGCCGCAGUCGCGGAAUCGGACUCGGGCCUUGAAAGCGUGUCCGGCCUGUCAGCGCCGGAAAGCUCAGAGGUCGAAGAACAUAAACCACCACGUAAGAUUCGAGGUGUGGACGCGACUCAAUCUACUAGCAGCCAUAGUCAUGGCUUGAGCUUUUCUGAUCGUCCGCGAUCACGUUUACGUGGUCCUUCACGGACACAAACUGCGUCUACGGGCCCGUCUUUGCCAGCUUUAUCAAACACGGAGCGAUUCGUGGGUGAUCUGAAUCCCGAAGCAGUCAUUCGCGAACGACUCGACGAGCCAAUUGGUAAUCCACUGCGAGAUCGUAUCGGCCUCUGGAUUAGUUCUCCCGACAACGCGGAUGAUUCACAGGCGAAACGCCCAGCCGCGAAUACAGACGCUCUUUCAACGAUUCCCUCUGAAGCUGGUGCUCUCGAUGACCAGACAGCAGCUACCGUGCUGCACCAGCGAUAUACAUCGGCAGUACAAGCAUGCAGUCGACUUCCCACCACGACGAGGGAACCACUCACAGCUUUGUAUUUCUCCAAGGUCAACCAGAUCAUACCUCUAGUAGACCAAACCACCUUCCCCUCCCACUCCCACCACAACCAAAAACAAGAUCAACACCAGCUCUCCACACCCUCACCAUUCCUCGAAAGAGCAAUCUGCCUCGUCGCAGCCAAAGACCCCACCGCACGCGCUCACCUCCGCCUAACAGAAAACACAAACCUAGUAUCACCCCGACAAUUCUGCACCGAAAUCUACAAAGGCCUCGCCGCCGCCAUGGACGCAGGACUCGAACCCGAUCGAUACACGCGCAUCCGCGUGCUAGCCCUGAUGUCGCUACACUGCGAAGGGUAUGAAGGCGCCGAGGCAGCAUCCCUGCAUCUCUGCGAGGCGAUCCACCAAGCUCAAACGGUGGGUUUACAUUUGGACCGGCCGGGCCGGGAAUGCGGGGAUACGUUGUCGGAAUUGUUUUGGUGUUUGUGGACGUUGGAUAAGAUGCAUGCUAGUCUUGGGGGUCGGCCGGUGAUUUUGGCGGAUCGGGAUAUUGGGAUUGAGAAGCCUGGUUUACAGGUGCAGCUGGGGUCCCGGGCUGCGUUUAAAGUAUGGUUUGCGGUUUCGGAGUUGUUGGCUACUGUGAUAUCAUUUUAUCGACCCUCGGCGGGGGUGACUAGCGGGUGGGAGGAAGGGUUUCCUGCAUUUGAGGAUAUUGUGGGUGAGGCUGGGCAGGGGGAUUUGGAUUUUGUUACACUUGGCUUUCUGGAACUAUACUACCAUUGCGUCGCAAUUCUAUCCUGCCGGUAUAAACUGGCCGAAACCCUGGACAACACCAAACUCUCAUCGAUACGACAGGGACUCGCCGCGAUACGAAUCCACUCCAUUGUCGCGUCCGAGUGCGCGGGAAAUCUCCCACCAUUGCCGAUCGUGUCAUACGCCCUGUCUCUGUCGAUGGGCGUUUCGUAUCGACAGCUACGCUCCAGCAAAUUGAUCACGCAUUUUGAUCGGGCCAAGGCUAGUCUGGAGACUAGUUGUGCGUUGCUGGAGGAUCUCAGUGCGGAGUGGUAUUCUGCCGAGGCGAUGGCUCGCCUGGGACGAAAAGCGUUGCAGCAGAUCGACUCUGAGCGGUCGCGACGGCCCACGCCAGCGCCUGAGCCUGAGCCUGAGCCAGAGGCUGUACAUGGCCAGACUAUCCGCGGUAUCGCUGUAGACGGCAGCUUGGACACUAUCAACCAUGAUCAUCACUCGUCUAUGAUCGCUCGUACCACGGGGACAGAGCCCAGUCACGGAGCCAUUGCGGUGGACACGGCGCUAGCACCAGGCACAACCACUGGAGAUCGUGAGGCGGGCAUAGAAAGUCCUCCACUGGUGCCCGGGACGAAUACGAUGACUGAGCUGGACAGUACGAUGCAUGGGUUUGCAGACAUUGACACGUUAUUUGGCGAGUUUCUGGAUUUAUCGCUGCCGACGAACUUUUGGGAUCCCAUCUUUGCGGAGGGUGAAUCGAUGACUGAUUCGAUAUGA